UGUUGGCGAAUAUUAUUGGUGAACUAUUCACAAGGAAACCUCCUCAAUAAUUAAAUCAUUAAUUGAUUAUAAGCAUUAAUAAAUAUUAGCUAUAGGCGUAAAUUGUGGCCUAUUUUCGUCUUUUUUGUUAUCACUCCACCAACGACAACUUAGUUUGUUGCUGAUGGAAUGUUAUUGAUAUCUUCUGAGAUAGUCCCCAGUGUGAAAAGUGCAAAUCAUCAUUAUGGCUGGGAAAAUAAACUCUAUGAAGUGCUUCGAACUGUUAAGUUCCCGACAUUCGAAUCAUUUCCUCCAAAUGCGUCCCAUCACUAUGUCCAAAGUUCUCCAUGACAAAUCCCCUUUAUCCGGAAUUCGGGUGCUGGACCUGACUCGCAUUGUGGCGGGUCCUUACUGCACUAUGAUCCUGGGUGACUAUGGGGCUGAAAUCCUAAAAAUCGAGAAACCAGGAGGAGGAGACGAGAGUCGCCACUGGGGUCCUCCCUUCCUCGCCAACACCAAAGACUCUGUUUACUUCCUGAGCGUGAACAGAAACAAGAAGAGUGUUUGCAUUGACCUGAAGAAAGGUCGAGAUAUAAUCUAUGAAUUGGCGAAAAAAUCGGAUGUGUUGAUUGAAAAUUACGUACCUGGGAAAUUGGAAAAGAUGGGGUUGGGUUACUCUGAUAUUAAACCUAUAGCUCCCCACAUAAUUUACUGUUCAUUAACUGGAUAUGGAUAUGAAGGGCCUUACGCUGACCGGCCAGGAUACGAUGUGAUUGCUGCCUCGAUAGGAGGAUUGAUGCACAUCACUGGACCUAAAGACGGUGCUCCCUGCAAAGUUGGGGUAGCAAUGACUGAUAUAGCUACGGGUCUCUAUGCUCAUGGAGCCAUAAUGGCAGCUCUCCUCCAAAGAGGCAAAACCCACGAAGGCCAAUGGAUCCAGUGCGACCUUCUUGCCACACAACUGGCGACAUUGAUCAACGUAGGAUCGAACUAUCUAAACGGGGGAAAAGAGGCCAAACGUUGGGGCUCUGAACACGAGAGCAUUGUCCCUUAUGAGGCUUUUGCAACUGCUGAUGGAUUCAUGACUGUGGGGACUGGAAGUGAUGCUCAGUUCCUCGCGCUGAUAAUGAGAAUGAAAUUACCAGAAUUAGGGGAAGAUGAUAGGUUCAAGGACAACACAUCUAGGGUAAAACAUAGGGAUGAAUUGUUGAAGAUAUUGAGGGAGAAAUUCAAGGGCAAGACGAAUAGGGAGUGGUCGACUGCUUUCGAAGGAUCACCCUUCCCUUACGGGCCGAUUAACACCAUGGAACAGGUUUUCGAUGAUCCCCACAUUAGACAGAUUAAAAUGGUCAGAGAAAUGGAGCAUCCGAAGAUGGGAAAAGUUAAGGUGGUUGGACCGGCUGUCAAACUCAGUUAUGGAACUAAUGAAGUCAGAUCGACACCACCGGCAUUGGGGGAACAUACGGAGAAAGUGUUGAGAGAUGUUCUAGGAUACUCAAAAGAAGAGAUUGAUGUUCUUAUUGAUAAAAAAAUCAUACAAUGAGCUGAUAACAUAUGGUUCAAAGAUUCUCAUAUUUUUUAUACAAUUUCAUAUUUUGGAUCAAUAAAUUCGCGUUUAUAUGUCGAAAA